UACCAGAAAAACUCUAAACACAUGUAUUUUAAUCAACAGAAAGUGUGUUAUAAUUAGGUGUGGUUGGUCUCAGCCCUCCCCCAUAGCUGGAACUGAUCUGUUUCCUCAAGUGUCUCAGAGUCAUUAGGUAACUUCAUAACUCAUUGUUUGGAGAAUGCUCUAAGGCGGUUUAGAAUAAGCACUUAUUUUACACAAAGGGCCAGGGGUUUUCAGGAUUAUCAGUCAAACCAAGAUGCAGGGCCUCAUCUCUCCAACCUCUAUCAGUAUUUGGGAUGAGAAACAGGUCUGUAAAUGUGCUUCCUUUAAAAUAAAAGUACAACUUGGAGUAAAUACUCAAACCAGUGCAUCUGACACCAACAUCCAUGCCACGGUUAAAGCCACAGAGAUCACACCAUUUCUUCAUUCUGAUGUUUGCUAUGUACAUUAACUGAAGCUUUUGACCUGCCUGUAUUUGCAUGAUGCUAUGCGUUGCCGUGCUGCCAUGUGAUUGGCUGAUUAGAUUACAAAAACGCUCCUGUUUGAAGAUGACCACACCCCCUUUAGAUGAUGUCACGCGAAUGAAUUCAGUUGUCGAUAGUGACAUAAGUUACUUGACUUGCACUUUCUAGGAAAAAAAAACAUUAAGCUAAAAUGUCCCAUUUUACCUGAUGUCAUAGUGGACCCGAAUAUGACCACGUCCUGCUAUGAUAUUUGUCUGUACCGUGCUAUGGAAAGUAGCUCUUACUGCAAUCCAUGCAGCUUAAUAACGUGUGACUGAGGAUCAAAGAAAAACCUAAACAAUGGAAAAUGACCAGAACAUGAUAAAAAUCAGGAUUACGCCAUGCUUAAUAACAGUUAAUAAAUCUGAAUUCACUCGUUUGAACCUCAGGUAUCGGUGAUGUGCGUCUACAUGUUAGUCUGACUACAAAUACCUCCCGUGUUUCAUACUCACUGCACUCGAUAGGGUGUAUAGAUCAUUAAAAUCCAACCCUAUGUAGGUGAUAUGUGUAGGGUGUGUGAAUGUGUUUGGAAUUUGGCCCGGUGUCCGUUUAGGUGACGCGAUGGAGGACACGCCCUCCGGUAACCACAGGACACGCCCUAAACAAAAAGAGAAACACACCUGACGCACAAAAGAGCUGUGUGUCCGGUUUUAUACACACGCACACAAAAAAAAAAACCAUCGACGAUUAUGGCGUCCGACGAGUCCAUGUUCGUGAGGACGGUUUUGGCUCUUAAUGACACGUUUAAAUCAGAGGACACCAGUUUGGCUCUACCGUCCGAGGACAGGUUAGCUCGCGCUGCUGGCGCUGACGAGGCGCAGCGGAGGAGUCGAGUGGAGCAACAAGUGCAGCAGCUCACUCUGGCACGGAAAGCGAAACGGUCCCUGAUGAAAGGCAGCUUAUCAAGCAGCCACUUAGCAAGUACCACUCCUUCCAGAAGUGGCCCUAUGAAGGUUUUCCAUACUUUUGACCACAGUGACGCUUUAGGACCAAGCAGACACAUGGUUAGGACGAACAAGCCUCAUUGGGCGAAUGUGAGGUUUCCUCAGGCGAAUGGAGGAGAUUACUGGGGUUUUAAAUAUGGCUCAUCAGGAAACUGCUACACCUGGGGCUCUGCAGGUUUUACUCUCCCCACACUGCGAUCCGUGUCUUCAGCCGACCGUCUCCACAGAACCUUCCCUCUGCACACAUCCACCUGUUCCGAGAUGCUCCGCAACGGCCAUCCGUUCGCUUCAGGUUGCUCUGCGACGCUUCAGCUUCCUAACAGGCCUGUGUACGAGGACAAUCUCGACGACGUCUUCCUGCCUGACAGCUCAAACCUCAGCACACUCCGAGCAGAGCAUCAGAGGAUGUUUUGGGAGAAACCGACUCUUCAAAGAACAUCCAGUCAGCUCGGAGAUGUCUCGUGGGUGAUGGGGAACAUGCCCCUGGUGGUUCAGGACAGCAGGCAGAUGCAGGAGACAGUGAGAAGACCACCUUCAGUGGUCAGCACACACACAACGAAGAUAGCGGCGACCCAACAGCAAGAAGCAACAGCUGACAUGCUAAUAAAGGCAAAGCAAACUGCGCCAACCACAAUGAGGAUGGCUGUAAAUCUCCUCAAUGAUAACGACCCAGAAAUGCAGAUCACUGCUGCAAACUUCAUACAAAACCAGUGCUUCAGCAGUGCAGAUGCUAAGAAAAGGCUGGCUGUCCUACAUGGGAUCCCGAAGCUUCUGAAGCUCCUGGACUCGGACAGCGAUGAGGUGCAACAAGCCAUAGCUGCUGCCUUAAGAAACGCCAUCUACGAGAACAACGAGAACAAGAUGGAGGUGAAGGACCAGGAUGGUGUGGCUGUGAUCCUGCGCCUGCUCAAGACGAAUCGUGACACUGAAACCCGGCGGCAGCUAACAGGGUUGCUAUGGAACUUGUCCUCUCAUGACAUGCUGAAGGAGCAGCUCAGCAGAGAAGCUGUAAAACCCCUCACUGACGCCGUCCUUGUGCCAUGCUCGGGUAUCACCGAGGGUGAAGAUCCCAAACUGGAGUUACUGGCAGAUCCUGAGGUCUUCCUUAACGCUACAGGCUGCCUGAGAAACAUGAGUUCAUCCGGACCAAACGCACGCAAGUCCAUGAGAGACUGCGACAGCCUCAUUGACUGCCUCAUUUAUUACAUCCGUGGAACCAUCGCAGAUUAUAAACCUGACGAUCAGGCCUUAGAAAAUUGCGUGUGCAUCUUGCAUAACCUCACCUAUCAGUAUGAGUGCGAAGUCCCUGAAACGGUCAGGCCGCUGGUGCAGGAGUCCAGACAGAGAGCUGCUGCUGAGACCCAGAGACCCGGCUGCUUGGUCAGGAGAAACCCCAAACUCUCGGAGGGAGAUGACUGCUCGGAAUCUGAAUGCCCUCUGCUGGAGGAGAAGUGUAACCCGCACGGUGUGGAGUGGCUGUGGAGCAGCAUCACCAUCCGCAUGUACUUGUCUCUUCUCGCUAUUAGCAACCGCCAGCUCACACAGGAGGCGUCUAUAGGAGCCAUGCAGAACCUGACCGCAGGAAACGGAGGGGUUUCCCAGGCCAUGGCCCACACCAUUGUGCAGAGAGAAGGAGGCCUGCAGCAGGUGAAGAAGGUCCUGCAGGAAGGAGAGGAUGAGGUGAAGAGAGCCGCAGUGUGUCUGCUCAAAAACAUGUCACGCUACAAGGAGCUGCAUUCAGACAUCAUUAAACAGGUGCUGCCGGAGCUGGUUGCCAUGCUUCACAGUCCAGACACGGCUACAGCGCAGAACGGUGAGCUCAUGUCCGUCUGUCAGAUUCUUAACAACCUGAGCCAGGCGUCUUUACAGAACGCUCGCUCCGUGCUCAACAGCGGCAUCCUCCCCAGGAUCAUCAAGAUCAGCAGCAAAGAGAGGCAUGGGUCCACGAAGGCUGGUCAGGCUGCUAGUGUUCUGCUGCACACACUGUGGAGACACUCCGAGCUUCAUGGCAGCUACAAGAAGGCUGGUUACAGGAAGACAGAUUUCAUCAACAACAGGACUGUGAAGGCGGUGAAUUCAGCUCGGAACUGACCUCAAGUGGAACACUGGAGAACUACGCUACACUAAACACAAGGACGAGUUACAACUCAUUCCAUCCUGAAGUGCACUUACAUUUUUUCCCCCAGAAACAUCACUUUGAACGGUCGUGCAACUACACUGCUCUGUCCAUUCCCCUGCUGACAUAGACACAUCAUACAUAUUGAUGGCUGGAAAGUUUUUCUGCUGCAGAGACGUGAAGCACUUGUGUGGAUUUGCAUUUCAAGCCUGCGGCCGGGAGGCUGCCGUGAUCCAAAAAACACCACCCAAAAAGUCAGUUGCUGUGUUACAGGCAUCAUUUUCCACCAAUAAUCCAACUGAUUAUACAACUGAAAAUAAUCCAUUGACGAUUUAAAACCUUCAUGUACACACUUGAAUAGGAAUAAUAUAAUAAUUUUAAGCUGAACAAAAAAAGCUUAGAUGAUUUGGGUAGAAUUUUACAGUGGAGUAAGUCUGCUUAUCAUGAUUUGAUCAUGAUAAUAUCAUAGCGUGUAUCUGUGAUGAAACGAUCAGUGUACAUUGCGUUCAUUCAUUUUUAAAAAAGGAAACAUUUUAAUAGAUUUUUUGUUAUAUUAAAACAUGUUCAGAAAUGUACCUGUGUUUCUCCUUUGCCUGGUUUUCAUCAUCUCCGAUUCAGAUGCAUAUAAGCAGUAACUUGAAAGCUGUUUGUGAAGAUGGCCAUUAAUGCAUCAGGCGCUGUAGGUUAUGUAAUCCUACAUGAUUUCAGUAGAUUCAGAAAAAUAGGAUAGGAUGAUGGCUGAAAAAACAGAUUAUUCCAGGUGUCACGACUGAAGAAACGGCCAAAAUGCAUUUCUGCUUACACUGAUCCCAUUUUUAUCAUAUUUAAAUUUUCUGAAUACAUUUUUAUUUUGGUGUGUGGCAGAGAAAAAAAAUGAUAUAAAGAAGCUGUUUGGUUAAGAUGUUGGAGCACCGAUCGGAAGGUUGUGAGUUCAAAUCCCAGGACCACUGAGCUCUUGUGGAAGGCUUUAACUCUCAAUGACACAAAUGUAAGUCACUCUGGAUAAAGACGUCUGCUGGAUGCCCUUAAUGUAAAUGCCUGCUUAUUUUCCCAUUUAAUUUGAAAACAAAAACAAAUGAAUGCAAUGUACACAGGGCUAGAAACUAAAAUUUAGCAAUACCGAUUUAGUUACCAAUUCUAAAAGAUUUGUCAUAAUUAAAUAAACAAAAAUUCAUGUUAGUCAGAGUAACAUACUGAGCUCAUGCUGAGGUAACUAACUGCUGUGACAUGCUGAGGUAAUGUGCUACGGUCACAAAUGUUAAGUUGCUGAGGUAAAAAUCUGAGGUAAAUCUGAUAUACUGCGGUAGCAUUCUGAGACAACCAGGUAAUCUAGCAUACAGAGGUAACAUGCUAAAGUAACCAACUAAGGGAAUAUUCUGAUAUACUGAGGAACAUUCUGCAUUUUUUUCCUACUGAAGUGAAAGAGCAAGACGAGCCAUAAUUUAAAGCGGCCAUAUGCUGUAUUUAUCCAAUCAGGGUUGUUGAUGCACAGAUAUGCAAUCAGAAAAAGGUUAAUCCAGGGUUUAGGAAUGUACAGUGUGAAACAUCUGAUUAUGAAGAUCUAGGAUUCAUUGUUAAAGUAUGAAUGGAAUGAAGUGUGAAAAGCCUCAAUGUUUAUGUUUCUAUACACAGCAGUACUCGUUUUUUUCUUUGCUCUAGCAUCUGAAACACGUCAUGACUGCAUGCUAGCUUAAUCAUUAGCCUCAGUCGUCGACUAGUCCAUGAUCGCCAUUUUUAAGAAAAGCUUUACAGACCUCAGCUUCAGACAUGACUCGAUGCCUCCGAGUCCAGCCUUCGUAGGCAGCGUUUUUCAUGUUCCCUACACACCCCAGUGUUAGCAUUCACAUGCAGAAGCGGUUCUGUUGAACAACACAAAGCUUUACCCCAGACGCCGAGCACUGUUCUCUGGAAUGUUCUUUCAUUUUUUGUAUUUUUUAUAGUGAAUGUUCCUAAAAUUAGGGAGUCCAAGUCAUCUCAUUAUUCUAGUCCAGCUCUUAUCUUUAACACAUAAUGUUUGCAUUACAUUAGGGUGUUAUUUAUUAUGUGUAGCACUGAAUGCAUGAAUGUCUCCAGCAGCUCCUGCGCUUGUGUUUCAGCAGUAGGGUGAGAGUCGGGCAGCCGGAGACUUCAGCCUGCUCAAACAUGAAGUAAAAACAAAUCAGUUUGGAAAUCCAGUCCAAGAUGCACUCAGUAUUGUGUAGGUUUUUCUCUGUUUUUUUCCCCAUCACUACAAAAGAAUGUAAAAAAAUAUGUAGCAAGGAGACACUUUUUACAAGCCACACCCCCAACACCUAAAACUGGUCAAAUAACAACAAAGGCGACAUUGGUUAUUAAAUAAAUUCAACUGUAAAAGCUUUCAGUCUGUCUAAACACGGAAAUGUGUCUGAGGAAAAAUGAUUCUUUCUUUCUUAAUUUUUU